UCCUUCCCUCCCUCCCUCCGUCCCUCCCUCCCGCCAUGGCGAUGAGGCAGACGCCCCUGACGUGCUCCGGCCACACGCGUCCCGUGGUGGACCUGGCCUUCAGCCGCGUCACCCCCUACGGAUACUUCCUCAUCAGCGCCUGCAAGGACGGGAAGCCAAUGCUGCGCCAGGGCGACACCGGCGACUGGAUCGGGACUUUCCUGGGGCACAAGGGGGCCGUGUGGGGGGCCACGCUCAACAAGGACGCCACCAAGGCCGCCACCGCCGCCGCCGACUUCACCGCCAAAGUGUGGGACGCCGUCUCCGGCGACGAGCUGAUGACCCUCGCCCACAAACACAUCGUCAAGAGCGUGGACUUCACCCAGGACAGCAACCAGCUCCUGACGGGCGGACAGGACAAACUGCUGCGCGUCUACGACCUCGGCAAGCCCGAGGCUGAGCCCCAGGAGAUCAGCGGCCACACGUCCGGCAUCAAGAAGGCCCUGUGGUGCGGCGAUGACCGCCAGAUCCUCUCCGCGGACGACAAGACCGUGCGGCUGUGGGAUCGGGCCAACCUGAGCGAGGUGAAGUCGGUGACCUUCCCCCUGGCCGUGAGCAGCAUGGAGUACGUCCCCGAGGGCGACAUCCUCGUCAUCACCUACGGCCGCUCCGUCGCCUUCCACAGCGCCCUCAGCCUGGAGCCCAUCAAGUCGUUCGAAACUCCGGCCCCCAUCAACUCGGCCUCGCUGCAUCCCCAGAAGGAGUUCGUGGUGGCGGGGGGCGAAGACUUUAAGCUCUACAAGUACGACUACAACAGCGGCGAGGAGCUGGAGUCGUACAAAGGCCACUUCGGGCCCAUCCACUGCGUGCGGUUCAGCGCGGACGGCGAGCUGUACGCCAGCGGCUCCGAGGACGGCACCCUGCGCCUCUGGCAGACCGUCGUCGGCAAGACCUACGGCCUCUGGAAGUGCGUCCUGCCAGAGGAGGGUGGAGAGCUGGCUAAGCCGAAACUCAGUUUCCCCGAGACCACGGAGGAAGAGGAGGAGGAGGAGCAGCAGCAGCAGCUAGAGGACGUCGGCUCGGAGAACUCGGACGCCGCCGGCCCCGCGGCGGCCGAGGUGAAGGCCUGAGGCGCGGGUGGGGAGGUGCCCACCGCCGAGACGUCCGUGCCCGCGGGCGAGAGCCGGGAUGCCCGCUCUCUGCCGCCAUCCGGACCCACCGUCUGCCUCCCCAUUUGGCUGCCAACGGACAUCCCUCCCUCCCGGAUAGAUGCCCGCCCGCCCGGGAGGCUCCUGGAAGCGGGCGGGCGGCCGCCCGGCUCCGGUGGGCAUGAGGAGCCAAAAUCUCCACGGGGUCGGGGGCGAGUCCCCCUUAUGCCAUCGCGUGCCGCUUCCCA